AUAACUUAUCAAUCUGUAUUUACCCAAUUAUUUCCAAUAUGGUCACUAUAAACAAUUUAACGUUUAAUCAGGAUUAUUCUUGUUUAUCGGUCUGUACAGACCAAUACUACAAGAUAUUCAAUUGUGAUCCAUUUGGUGAGUUUUAUUCAUCAAUACAGUCACAAGGUACGGGCAAUAAUUCUGGUGAAAGUAAAAAGUAUCUACUAGAUAAUGAUGGACAACAGGGGUCCCCCUCAUACGUACCGACUCCAGCUUCUUAUCUUAAAAUGCUUUUUUCUACAUCUUUGACAAUAAUUGUACCCGAGAACCCCAUGGGGAAUCGGUUAUUAAAACUUUACAAUUUAAAACAGAAUCUAAAAAUUUGUGAAUUGACAUUUCCAGCUCACAUUAUUGAUGUUAAACUCAAUCGGAAACGUUUAUGUGUUAUAUUGGAAAGUGGUCAGAUAUAUAUUUAUGAUCUUAGUUGUGUACGAUUGGUAAAAGUAUUGGAUGUGGUAGCCACGGGGAAGUCAGAAUUUGUGGGGGAUCUUUGUGCAGAUGACAAAUCCUUAUUGGUAUUACCCCUUGGUUCAAUUAAGGAACUGACAGACCUAUUCAAUCACGAGCACUCUAAUACUGGCAGUCAACCUUCGACUCCAAUGUUGGACCCAACUACAUUACCCAAGAAUUUGGCAGAUGUUGUUGAAUUCACAAGGAGAGUUAAAUCAUCAAAAGUUUUAAAUUCUGUGACGGAUUUAAAUAAUGAUUCUGAAGGAUGGGUACUUGUAUACGAUACUUUAAAUCUUAGACCACUGCUUAUAUAUAGAGCGCAUGAUUCCAGUAUAGCCAAAUUAUCAAUUUCUAGUGAUGGGACUAAAAUCGCCAGUGCUUCGACCAAGGGAACUAUUAUUCGUACUUGUACAGUAGAAGCAAAUGAAGAAUUAAACGGUCGUUUGCAAAUUGUUCAUAUGACAAACCUUCGAAGAGGACAUCAUCUUACAAAGGUGACUUGUUUAUCCUUUUCAUUGGAUAAUGCAGUAUUAGGAUGUGCUUCAGAAAGUGGUACAAUUCAUUUCUUUAAACUUUCUACUUCUGAAGAGUUACUGGACCCUAGUCUUGACGAUGAUUCUCUGACAGAAAAUAUAAGUAGAUCAUCCGAAGAUCUCAAUGAUAAUUUAGCAUCUUUGCUACUUUCGGAAGGUGGAACAUACCAACACCCACAACAAUUAGAACAAGAACAACAAAUUCAACAACAAAAUAACAAUACCCAGAAACAAAAUUCAUAUUUCUACAAUAUUAAGAAUUCAAUGUCAAUUCUUAAUAAUCAAUAUACACAAUCAUUGGUGAAAAAGCUUCCAUAUAAGGGAUAUUUAGAAAAUUUAUGGGAACCACCAAGAAGAUCUUUUGCAUAUGUUAAGAUUCCAGAACCUGAAGGAAGUAGAAUAGAAAUAGGAUUCACUAGUAGCAUGCAGGUCGUGCUUACGAGUUACAGAACAGGGGCUUUUUACCAAUAUCACUUACCAAGUGGAUACAGAGAAAGAGAAGAGGCGAUUCUUGUGGGUGAAUAUUUGGUAAUUUAA